AUGGCCGACCCGAGGCAGCACCCGUGGGCGGAGUGGAUGGACCCCGUCGCCCAUGCCGAGGGCACGGUGAUGCCCGGCACCCCCAACCGCUGGUCGGGGCAGCGUCAGCAGCAGCCGUGGGUGCCGCUGCAGAUAGCGCUGGUCGCGGAGGUCAAGUACGAGGCCAUGCUCAACGGCCGCUUCCGGGGCACCACCCGAUUCGUGCGCUGGCGCCCCGACCGCACCCCCGACUCCUGCCGCUUCGACCAGGUCGAGGUGCCCGCCGCCAUGGGCCUAGGCGAGGUCCUCUCCGCCUAG